AUGGCUGAGCCGUCAGGUCGGCAUCGCAUUCGUAAAUUUCUGGCCAGUCGCAAGCAUAAGCGUCAGCCAUCGGACCCAGAGGAUAUAUUGCGUGCCAGUAAUACAAGCAGUGUCGUGUCCUUGCCCGAGUCGGCUAUUGUGGCUAUGGAAGGUAAUUUGAAGAAACGUUUAGCUAAAAUGCCAGUGAUGCACGACCGGUAUUGUGUCGCUACGUGGGAAUUAGAUGCGGAUGAACGCAAACGCGUCAUGUUACGGAGUUAUAAGAGUCGAAAGGCUUACGACAGUCGCCCAGAAAAACCAUCGAGUGUCCAGCAACUUGAAUGUAUUAAUGAUUGGGACGGCAAAACGGGGUUUCAUCGGUAUCAGAAUGCUUUUACAAUAGAGACAAGAGACAAGAAAUCUUAUCAAUGUGUCGCUCCAUGUCCAGCCGACAAGGUCAAAUGGAUGGGGCUUAUGGAUGUACACAGUAGGCGAGACAGGAGACUUAACAGUGUUGGCAAUCUUGGGUCGAGGCGACGGACUCAGAGCGUCGAGGCUUCAGCGAGUAGUGAACCCAGAGCUUAUACAGGCCCGUCCAUGGCCCGGAGUGUCGUAAAUGCAUCCCAAUUGAUGGACACAGAGGAACAGAGCAAUUUUUUAAACAGUAAUCGUCUCUUUAGGACCACUUCGGACGCUUCCGCCGAUUCAUUGGAGGAAUUGACUCAUGACGAGAACGAACCUGUUGAUUGGGGACUUUAUGGAAAUGAGAACACAACGUACAAGUACGAAGUGCAGGAAGAUUCGAUACCUGUGCUACUCGAUAAAGAGCUUCUAGAUUUACGUGAGAGAGAGAAUAAAACACUGGCUACUGACAGAUUUCUGUUCGACGAGGCAGGUGCUAGCAGGUUCGGAGCAGUGGUCGUCAAAGGUGCCGGAAGAGACGAGGAAAACGAUGAUGCAGACUUUGUGGACGAGGUCCUCGUGGCACGGGAAGCGAAGAAGAAGAAUGAGAGGAACAUGAAGCGACGGGCGCAGAAGCUCGAGUCUAACAGAGAUCGGUACGCCGAGAUGGCGGCCGCGAGGCUUGCCGGCAUGCGCAAGGACGCGCGUCAUCCGAAGAAACGACAUGGCCUCAGUGACAUUAGCCUUUUCGUUGACAGUGAGAAUAGUGACGUGGAAUUGUACGACGAAGAGCAGUCAAUUAUAGGAGAAGAAGUUGAGGGCAUUGCUGAUCUGGAGGACACGAACCAGCCCCGGAGCAGCCUCCGCAGUCGAUGCAGCUUCAAGAGCCAAAAACAGAGCUUUGUAAGCAACAGCGACAAAGGCAACAGUGUGACGAAAGGAUACGCUAGUGGUGAGGAUGAAUUAGAAAUGGAGGACGAGGAUCAGGAGGCAGUGCCUCCUGCUGCAAUUAUUUCUGCACAAAUUACUACAGCGGAGUGUGCAGAGGCUAAAGCGGGGAGUGCAGAUGCUGAAAGAAUUGAAUUUGAUAUGGCAGAGGCCGAAGAAGUCGAAGAGCUGCGCCAGCUGAAGAGGAAGUAUCGCGCUGAACGUCGUGCUAAGAAGCGUCUACUGAGGGAGAAGGAAGAGGAGGAACGUACGACUUUGGAGGCGGCCGAGCUAGCACGGGCUCACCGCGAAGAGCAGCGAGCUCGUGAGGAAGCUAAGGCUCGCGAAGAGCAGGAGAAGCGCGAGAAGAAGAAGGAAUGUCGAGAGGUGAAGGCGAAACUAAAACGCGAAAAGGCCAAACAACGUCAGGCUGAGGCCGAUGUUCGGAAGCUGGCAGAGUUUAAUCAGGCAGAGGAAGAGCGUCGUGAGCGCAAACGUACGGAGAAGAAGGGAGAGAAAAAGUCUAAGAAGAAAGAGAAGUACACCUCACCAGCUGAACGUAUCCAGCGGAAGGAAGUGCGAGAUGCCGAGCGUGCUACUGCCACAGACGAAGCUAAGAUCUCGAACGCGCUGGUUGUUGUGGAAAAGUCAGCCGAAACAGUGCAGCAGCCGGUUGCAGCCCCAGCACCAGCCUUUACGUCAACUUCGUCCGUCCAGACUGAAGCUGCUUCGACACAACAGGCUGCCUGCGCAUAUGCACCUCCUACUUUCCCUGCUCCAUCUCCUGUUCCAGUACCGGUUGUCGCUCCCGCUGUCAUUUCUUCUUCUGCCGCUGAAGUUGCGGCCGUUGCCGCGCAGGCGAUGCCGGCACCAAUAUACCAAAUGUGUCCGCCACCGUUUGUGCCAUCAUAUCCGACUUGUCCGCAGAGCAUGCCAGCCUACGGUUUGGCGGCUACCUUUGGUGCUUAUCCUCCGUUUUACCUUGCUCCGUACAACUACGGAGGACCCACGGGGCUGCAGCCUGCGCUCAUGCGCCCGAAUAUGGGAUUCGUAGCUGGACUGAGCACGAUGAACUCGUUCGGCACCGCUGCUGGUCCGGCGCCGGCACCCUCCAUAUCGAAUUCAGCUGAGCCUAUGGUCGGCCCACAAUUGCCUAAUUCGAAGGAAAACGCUGAAACCUCAUUGACAGGCGCAAGCCCACUUUUCUCCCCACCCCCGUCAAUGGGCAAGUCGAUCGGUGUAAAGCUGACAAACUUGCCAGAGUUGCCGGAUGUGAUCGAGUUUUAG